AAGGAUCGUCUACCCUUUGGUGCAGACUGAAAAGCAAGUAGCAAUUGGACAGUGUCUUAUGUAGUAACCCUAACACUGCACCUGAUGAGCAUACAGUAGAACAUUUCACGGAGAAGACCGCCAGAGUGGUAAUACCUAUUCCUGGUAUCUGAGGAUUUUUUUAUUUGGUAAGAAUGGCAUUGAAACAGAUUUCCAGCAACAAGUGCUUUGGAGGAUUACAGAAAGUUUUUGAACAUGACAGCGUUGAGCUGAACUGCAAAAUGAAAUUUGCCAUCUAUUUACCACCAAAGGCAGAAACUGGAAAAUGCCCUGCGCUGUACUGGCUGUCUGGUUUAACUUGCACAGAGCAAAAUUUUAUAUCAAAAUCUGGUUACCAUCAGGCUGCCUCAGAACAUGGCCUUGUCGUCAUUGCUCCAGAUACCAGCCCUCGUGGCUGCAAUAUUAAAGGAGAAGAUGAGAGCUGGGACUUUGGUACUGGUGCUGGGUUUUACGUGGAUGCCACUGAAGAUCCUUGGAAAACUAACUACAGGAUGUACUCCUAUGUAACGAAGGAGCUUCCCCAACUCAUAAAUGCCAAUUUUCCAGUGGACCCCCAAAGGAUGUCUAUUUUUGGCCACUCCAUGGGAGGCCAUGGAGCUCUGAUUUGUACUUUGAAGAAUCCUGGAAAAUACAAAUCUGUGUCAGCAUUUGCUCCAAUUUGCAACCCAGUGCUCUGCCCUUGGGGCAAAAAAGCCUUUAGUGGAUAUUUGGGAACAGAUCAAAAUAAAUGGAAGGCUUAUGAUGCUACCCAUCUUGUGAACUCAUAUCCAGGUUCUCAGCUGGACAUACUAAUUGAUCAAGGAAAAGAUGACCAGUUUCUUUCAGAUGGACAGUUACUACCUGAUAACUUCAUAGCUGCCUGUACAGAAAAGAAAAUCCCUGUUGUUUUUAGAUUACAAGAGGGUUAUGAUCAUAGCUACUACUUCAUUGCAACCUUUAUUACUGAUCACAUCAGACAUCAUGCAAAGUACCUGAAUGCAUGAAAAACUUGAGAUAAGGAAUCUCUUCAAGAUUAUGAAAUUGUAAUAAACAGAAUUGCAGGGGGAAAAGAUUUCAAAACAUUGGAUUUCAUAAUGCUAAAAAUGCUUCAUUCAAUAGUUGAAUCACCUUCUGAUAUGUAAAACCUGAUUCUGAUUUUAAAAGUUAUUUUACCAAUGUUCAUAAAAUAUUUGGUACUUUAUAGCUUUUUUGAGGUCAUUUGGAAAUCAUUGUUAUAUUGACCUCAAGUCAUAGAAUGUGAAUGUAGUCCCAUUCAAAUCAUAGAGUACUAACUCUAGGACAGAUGAUUUAACAGUAAUUUAGCCUAAACUCCUCACCUUUCAAGACUUUAGCCUAUGAAGGCAUGGACUGUCUUCAUCAUGUUCAUAUUUAUAUAUAUCUCGAGUAUCUAGCAACUGCUUGACUUACCUAGUAGGCAUUUAAUAACUAGUUGUUAGUUGUUGAAUAAGGAGGUAGGCUCAGGAAGGUUAAGUGAAUUCCCGAUUGUUAUACAGUUAUUUGUGGGACAGUUAAGAUUAGAAGCUAGAUUUCUUAAACCCAAUCCAAUGAUGUUUCUCUUAUUAUCUACAUGGGUCUUAUAUAUUGAGCCAAAUAAAGUUAUGGAUGUUGUUUUAUGAGCAUCUCUCAGGAGGUAAGAAUUAAAUAAUAAGAUUCAAUCUGACUGUAGCUAGAUAAGAAAACUUGUUUCAUAUGUUACUGUCAACACAGAUGUUUUCCUUUAGUUACAUGCAGAAACUUAGCUUGAAGAGCACACCAAGAGAAGUAAUUUGUAAAUACGAAACUGUAUUCCUUUAAGAACUUAAUGAACAAACUUUUGAAACAAAUAAAAUCUGCUUGUUUUAAAAGAAAUAUAUUUCUCUGUUGAAGAGCACAAAGGUAAUACAUUUUAAGC